AUGUUAGAAAUUAAAGCAUUAAGACAAGGUGUAUAUAAGAGUAUAUCUUCAUUCUGGACAAAAAUUAAAAAAUAUGGUGAUCAACUGGAUUAUACUCUAGUACAGAAGAAACCCCAUUUCUUAUCUGGAGUUAGACCUGAUAUUAGAGAUGAAAUUUAUAGAAUUGGUCAAACAAAACCCAUUAACAAUAUUAUUAAUAGUUUGGCAAAACUUGAAUUAUGUCAUAGAAUAUUACAAAAGGCACCAUCUCAACCUUACUAUGUACCUAUUGCUUCUGCUAUUUCAGAUGUUAUAUCUCAACAACCAGCAUUUCCUAUGGCUGAUAUGCAAAAAAUAAUUCAAGAUUUUUAUCUUAUAAAAUUAGAAAAACCUUGGCAAGCAUUUUACAUAAUAGAUCAAGAAGAUAAUAAUAUAGAUCCACUUUCUCAAGAUUCAGAUUACCUUAAAUACCUCGAGCAAGCAAAAGUCUUAUAUAAAAAACCACAAAGAUCUAACCAAUCUGUCAGAAUGAAUAGAAUAAAAGAAGGGCUUAAUGAAACUCAAGAUACUAUAAAUCAGUUAGCAGACCAAUUACAGAAAAAAGUGUAUAUAAAGAAAUAUGAAAUUUGUAAAAAAACAGGUCAUAGCAAGGGCAAAUGUCCCAAUCAAUCUAUAGUCCAAUUUAAUUAUACUCGAUCAUAUUUUAUAUCUCUCAAGCCAAUAUAUCUCCAAUAUACACUUCCUAAUUCAGAUGAUAGUGAAAAGGAUGAAGUUACAGAAUCUAAACAAAAUGAAAAAAUCACUAUGCCAAACCUUUUUCCAAAAUCAGAUGACCAGUUAUUAGAAUUAUUAUCUCUAGCAAUAAUUGAAGAUAUAAUUAUUUCAGAUGGGUUUGCUGAUGCAGUAUCGGGAUGUCUUGUUAUGAAUAAAGUACUAAAUGAGGCAUUAGGAUGGAAUCUUGGGAUGGCACCAAAUUUUUUUCUUAGACAUAAUUCUGAUCAUAUAACGAAAUUAGAAGAAGGACAUAAGGAUGUACCAAUAUCUAUAAAAUAUAAAAAUAAAUGGGUUACUGAAACAGAACAUGUUGUUGAUAAUAAUUCAAAAAAUCAAACUUUUGAUUCUUCUACCAAGAUCGAUACUAAAGAGGAGCCAGCAUCUUAUGAGAAAAAAGAGACCAAACUAGAAUUUUAUUCUAAGAUUCAAAUUAUAUCAGAAAAAUUAAAUCAGUACAUUAAUGACAAAAAUCAAAAUGACUUGAUUAAAAAACAACUCAAAGAAGAAAUUAAAGAGUUGAAAAGCAAAAAUACCAACCUUACUGAGUAUAAAGCCAAGUAUUAUAGUAAGUUGGAAGAAGCAAAUUCAUUCCAAUCUAGAAUCAAGUCAUUGGAAGAAGAAUUAUCUUUAACUCAGAAAUACUCAUCAAAAAAAGAUUCCAAGAUAAUGUUCUUUAAAACUGAAUUGGUAAAUAUAAAGAUUGAAUUAGAUUCUAAGAUCAGUGAGCUUAAGCGUCUAAAAUUAGAGGAUAUUUCGAUAUCUGUAGUUGGUGGAAAUAGUGAAAAAAAUAUAUCAAAGUUUAGACCCAAAGAGUCAUUGUUUUGCAAUAAUAAUAUCUCUGCAGUUAGUGAAACUAGCAAAAAUCCUAGUCAAUAUUUUGCAUACAAAAAAAUUAUAAACAAAAUCAAAAAAAUUAGCACUAAUAUACCAACUCAUGCUAAUAAUAAAAUUGUUUCAAUAUUAGAAUCUUCAAAAAUCAAUACUGAGAUUACUUCUAAGAUAAAAAGGAGUAAGGAAUUACCUAUUAUAGCAUUAGGUACUAGCAUAAUUAAUAAGUAUCAAACUACUCCUAUUAAUUCAUAUGAAGAUGUUUCUAAAACUAUUUGUAGAUAUACAGAUGACAUAAAAAAUGCAUCAAUGGUUAUUAACAGCUACUUAUGCAAAAGCAAAUUUAUUGUAUUUAAUUUAAAUAGGCCUAAAGAUGAUCUACUUGCAAUUCAGCUAAAGUUUGAUACUUCACUAAAUUUGCAAAAAGAGAUAGAAUUACGACAAAAGCACAAGAUAAAAAACAUAUUAUCUGCUGAACCCACUUUAUAG